AUGGCAAAAGAAGAAAAUUUUGAGGAUGUGGGUGAAGAGAUUCCAGAGGAGUUCAAAAAGGUUGAUGGUGCUACUACCACUGUCGAGGAGAUCGAUGAGCAAGUUGAUAAGGGAGGUGCUACCGCUGGAAAUAGUGCUAUCACUUCGAUGUUGAAGAGUAUGAAGGUCGGUACGGAUAUGUCCAACAUGGUGAUGCCAGGUUCCUUUAUUCUGCCACGUUCGACUCUCGGUUACUUUGCAGAGAAUUGCUCGGGAUACUUUGAUCAGUUGAUUCAGUGUAACGCGAUCGACGAUCCAAUGGAGCGUAUGCUCCAGGUUUACCGCUACCUUAUGAGCACUCGUUACAUCCCAAAAGAUGUCUCGAAGAAACCAUUGAACCCGGUGCUCGGAGAGACAUCAGAGUUGAAAACAAACUUUCCAAAUAUAAACGCCACUGCACAUUCGCUGUGCGAACAGAUCUCUCACCAUCCACCAAUCUCCUCGUCGAUCGUCUAUGGCAGUGGAGUGUCGGUUGCCUACUACUCACCAAUUAAAGGAGCGUUCAUGGGAACCUACAUCAAACUGAAUCUUGACGGACAUCUCGUCAUCAAAGUCGAUAAAUUCAACGAAGAGUAUCAUUGCACAUUGCCAUCGAUGGCCAUCAGAAUGUUCAGAGGUUUCGGUGAGUUCAUCGGAAACUCAACACUCACCUGUACUUCAAACAAUUUUUCAAUUCAAACUAAAUUUUUACCAAAACCAUUGUUAAUUGGAAAUUAUAAUGUAAUCGAAGGUAAAGUGUUUAAGGGAAAGGAUAAAGUAUUUAAACUCAAAGGUCAGUGGGAUGGAGAGGUAAAGAUUUCCCCAUAUAAAAAAGACGAUUAUAAACAUUUCUUUGAGAAGAGUAAACUUACACCAGGUGUUGCAGAGCCAAUACCAGAGAUCCAACUUUUACCAACGGAUUCAACAAAGAUCUGGGGUGGUUUGUUUGCCGCUGCCAAGAGCAGUGCUAGCUCAAGAGAUAUUACAAGAGAGAAAACACUGGUUGAAGAAGACCAACGUAAGAAAGCUCAGGAAAGAAAGACCAAGGGUGAGGAAUGGAAGCCAAAUCACUUUACACAAGACAAGGAGGGUCGCUGGAUUUUAAAUAGUUUUAAAAACUAA